AUGGCUGCUCCCAUAGUGACCGUUUCCGAGUCCAAGGACCUUCGCGGUCUGAACCUCAUCGCCGCGCAUUCGCACAUCCGUGGACUCGGCGUCGAUGCCACGAGUCUCGAGCCCAGAGCCGCGUCUCAAGGCCUUGUUGGCCAGGAGAAGGCUCGAAAGGCCGCGGCCGUUAUCCUUCAGAUGAUCAAGGAGGGCAAGAUUGCUGGUCGCGCCGUCUUGAUUGCCGGUCCCCCAAGCACGGGCAAAACUGCCAUUGCUACCGGAAUGGCACAAUCACUCGGCGCCGACGUUCCCUUCACGACUCUCGCGUCCUCCGAAAUCUUCUCCCUCGAAAUGUCCAAAACCGAGGCUCUCACCCAAGCCUUCCGCAAGUCGAUCGGCGUCCGCAUCAAGGAGGAGAGCGAGAUCAUGGAGGGAGAGGUUGUCGAGAUCCAGAUCGACCGAAGCGUCACCGGCAGUGCCAAGCAGGGCAAGCUGACCAUCAAGACGACUGAUAUGGAGGCUGUGUACGACAUGGGCGCAAAGAUGAUUGAUGCCAUGACCAAGGAGCGCGUCAUGGCCGGCGAUAUCAUUUCCAUUGACAAGUCUUCUGGAAAGAUUACCAAGCUCGGCCGAUCAUACGCUCGAUCUCGCGAUUACGAUGCCAUGGGCGUCGAUACCAAAUUUUUGCAGUGCCCCGACGGAGAGCUGCAGAGGCGCAAGGAGGUGGUCCACACAGUGACGCUGCAUGAAAUCGAUGUCAUCAACUCGCGAACACAGGGAUUCCUGGCUCUCUUCUCCGGCGACACUGGUGAGAUUCGCAGCGAGAUUCGCGAUCAGAUCAACACCAAGGUUGGGGAGUGGAAAGAGGAGGGCAAGGCCGAGAUCGUUCCCGGCGUGCUGUUCAUUGACGAGGUGCACAUGCUCGACAUUGAGUGCUUCUCUUACAUCAACCGGGCCCUGGAGGAUGAUUUGGCGCCAGUCGUCAUCAUGGCCAGCAACCGCGGCCAGUCGCGCAUUCGAGGCACGGACUACAAGAGCCCACACGGUCUACCCCUCGAUUUCUUGGAUCGCGUUGUCAUUAUCAACACGCAUCCUUACAACCCCGAAGAAAUCCAACAGAUCCUGUCCAUCCGGGCGCAGGAGGAGGAGAUUGACGUUUCAGCAGACGCCCUGGCCCUGCUUACCAAGAUUGGCCAGGAAGCCGGUCUUCGAUACGCCAGCAACCUCAUCACCACAUCGCAGCUGGUCUCAGCAAAGAGAAAAUCCAAGCAGGUUGGCAUUGAUGACGUCAAGCGAUGCUUCCAGCUCUUCUACGACCCUGCCAGAAGCAUCGAGUUUGUGAACAAAUCCGAGAAGCGCCUGAUUGGCAAUGACGGCGGCGUCGACCUGUCGGUCCAGAACGGUGGCACUAACGCUGCUGCUGCCGCUGCCGGCUCUGAGACCAUGGACUUGAGCUAG